AUGUCUACCGACACCUACAAAGUGACCAUAGGUCUUCGUGCGCCGCCAAUGGAUUACAGGCAGUUCACCAGGGAAAAAGUGAACCGCAAGCGGGCCGAUAUGUACACCUCGUCGCGUGACUCCUUCCUGAAGCUUAAUCCCGAAGCUCGGAAGAAGAUCUACAACCCGCUCCCCAAGGAAGUGUUUAUCGAGAACACUCAACAGGCUGCUGAGCAUGCCAAACGUGUUGAGGCUGAAGAGAGCGGGGCCCCAAUUUGGCCGCAGGCCGGUAUCGUCCCUCGCAACCGGUGUCGUGAAUGGCGCGAGAACGGGUUUGGUUCGAUCCCAUCUACAGUUCGGCCUCACAGACGGUGA